AUGGUUCCCAACAUUGCCACAAAGACGUCCCUGUGGGCCCUGCCGCAGGUCCUUCUGUCGCUUGGCCGCUCUCGACGAUGGGUCGAGGCGCUCGUGGAGCUGGAGCGCGCUCUGUCGGCACCCUCCUUCCAGAAGGCAAAGCGACCAUGGGCCGUGCACACAGCCUGUGUCAACGCAGCACUGACUGCCUGCCGCCUUGGCAGAGCAUGGCAGGUGGCUUUAGAAGCCUUGCAGAGACUGAUUCGUGGUCGAGGGUCGACACCGAAACCUGACCACAUCACCUUCGCCAGCUGCAUCCUCGCACUGUCUGGGACGAGUCGCUGGGACAUCGCCUUUGCGCUGAUGGAGGUCAUGCGAUCACACCGGGUCCACAUGACGACUGGAGUCUUCAAUGCUGGCCUCAUUUGUUUGCAACGCUCGCGGCAGUGGCAGGCUGCUCUAGAACUGCUUCGAGGCAUGGAUGACGAAGCCAUCCGGCCAGACCUAGUGAGCCUGAACUCCGUCAUGGCCUCCUGCAGCAAUGCGACCAUGAGCCACUGGCCGCUGACUCUGGUCCUACUCCAUGAGGCUCGAGGGAGGCAGGGCAUCGGACCGCUGUCCACGGUGAGCUACAACACCACGAUGGCAGCUUGCGGGAGAGCAUCCUUAUGGCACACAAGCUUGUGCCUUCUGGAGGAGCUCCGCGGUCGGGUUGACACAAGGUCUGGACAAGGACGUGCGCGGGUGCAGCUGCAAGGAGCUCCCGUGCUUCUGUUGGACGAGGAAAGUUCACCCCACCCUGACAGAGGCUGUCCGGAGGCCAUGCAAUCCCUGCUGCCGGGUUGCAACGCCACGCUGACCGGCUGUGACAGAGCGUCGCACUGGCUCAAGGCUUUGAAUCUUUUAGCAGCCAUGCAUCGGGGCAAGGACUGGCCGCGCCCAGACGUUGUCAGCUACAACGCUUGCAUCAACGCUUGUGAGAAGGUUACAAGUUGGACGUGGGCUCUUCAUCUUCUCGCAUCAAUGCAGGACUCUGGGCAAUUUCCAGAUGCGAUUAGCCUGAAUAGCACUGCAUUGGCUCUGACAAGGGCGACCCACUGGCAGACAGGGCUGGGGCUGCUUUGCCUUUCCAGGAAGCGCUCCCUUGAGCUGAACGCCGUCAGCAGCCUCAUCAUUGCCUCUGUCUGUGGUCAGGGAGGCUUUUGGCAGGGGGCGCUGUCGGAGUUCCGCGAGCGGUGGGAGGAUCUGCGAGACGAUCCUGUGACGCAGCGGAACCUGUACAAUGCCACAAUGAGUGCUUGUGAGCAAUCACGCCGCUGGAGGGAGGUCCUUGACCUUCUGUUUCAGCGCUCGAACUCGCUGGCGCGGGACCAGGUUGCCAUCAACACCGCAGCGAGCGCUUGCGCCUUGCACUGGGAAGUGGCCCUGGAGGUGCUCCAAGCACACAGGACUGCACCAGCUUCAGAUCCUGAAGGUGCUGCAGGCUUCGGUGCCGUGGUUCUUGGCUGUUCUGCAGCGGCAGCCUGGGUCUGGGCAGUUCGCUUGUUCCACCGUGCCAGUCGGCAACAAGGAUGGUGGACAAAGCCCGCUGCCGCACAUGUCGGUGGCUUGGCUGUGGCCAUGCUAGGGGCCGUGCAGGCCUGCGAGACCUCUCUUCAGGGGCCAACGCUGCGCCGAUUGCUGCAGCACCUGUCCAAUCCUCACGCGUUAAGCGGUGCCCAGCUGCUGCUUUGGGAGUUGGUGAUCCCUUCGCAAGGUCUCAAAGAUGAAGGGCUUCGAGCAGAGCUGGCAGACAUGCUCCACAGGCAUAAUUUGAGUGAUGGACAUGCACCUGUGUGCCGAAGGCUCCAAUCCGCAUCAGCAUCUGCUCUGCGCAGACUUCGGGCCUCCGACGUGCACCAGUCCGUGGGCUUCUGCACAGAUGGCCUUGAGCGGCAGUUCCUGCCGGGAUCUCUCUCGAGAGGCGUGCUACAAGGACUCACGCUGACCUCCAGGCAUCGCAGCGCGGAUCCUGACCAGCCUGACCAUGCCACAGUGCGAUGA